UAAAAUAACAUUAAUUAAAUAAUAAAAAAUAGAUGAAAUCUUUGCUAAAGAAAGCUAAAUAUUCUAUUUAUUGCGUGUGCCCUUAUUAAUAAAUAUUUAAGUUCUGGGAAAUAUAUUUUGGUCUCAUUAUUCUUCCAAAAUUUAUAAGUUCUGAAAAAGUUACUUUUUUCUUAAAAAAGAUUCUAAAAUUAUCUGUCUCAAUAUUACAAAAUUUCUAAAGUUUUUUAUAAGAUGUUCGUUUCGUGCUUGCGACCGCUUCACUUGUGCGUGUGUGCUUAUUGUGUAUUUUGAUUGUACUCGUAUGUAAACGUCCUUGUAAACUGUUUGGACCUAAACAAAUCAAAAUAAAAUAAGAUUUUAUCGAGUCUAGUGUGAAAAUACUCGUCUAGUCAGGCCCUAUCAUAACAAUAGCCAUGUUGUUUCAAAUAAUAAUGAUAAGAGAACUCCACGUCCAGUCCAACGAAAUCUAUCACGAGAUAUUUAAAUAAAAAGCACGAUAAAAAGUGCAACAUUACACUUAUAAUGAAAUCUCAAUAAGUAUUUACUAAAGAAUAUUACGGUUUUAUGGUUGUUAAAAAAUAUUUAGCUCCAAUAUGGUGGGAGUGCUACUAACGGUGUUGUUAUUAAUUGCAGGUUAUGCUGAAACCGCAAAUAUUUUAUUUGUUAUACCUUUUUCAGCUAUGUCUCAUUAUAUAUUUUUAAGACCUAUAGGACUAGAAUUAGCUCAUAGAGGACAUAAUGUAACAGUCAUAACAACACACUUAGAAAAAAAUCCCAUGCCUAACUAUAAUCAAGUAGAAGUAACCCAAAAAAAAAUUUGGGAAUUAAUUGAAGACGACACAGGAACCAUUUUUGAUAUGGCCGAUUUAUCUGCUGAAGAAUUUCAUCAUAAAGUAGUUUGGCCAGGUGGACUUGCUUUUACAGAGCUAACACUAAAUUCACCCGAAGUUAAGGAGUUUUUAAUGAAAGACAAUACAUUUGAUUUAGUUAUAUGUGAACAGUUUGUCCAAGAAGCUUUAUACGCACUCUCUGUAAAAUACAACGCUCCCUUAGCCAUAAUAUCCACGUUUGGGAACUGUAUGAGACAUAAUAUUAUGACACGCAAUCCUCUUCAACUAGCCACAGUUAUAGCGGAUUAUUUAAAUGUAUAUAAUCCUGGAAGUUUUUGGGGAAGACUGAGGAAUUUAUAUUUUACCGGUUAUGAAUAUUUAUGGUGGAGAUAUUGGUAUCUUGGAAAACAAGAAGAGCUUGUUAAGAAAUAUUUACCAGAAUUAGCCGAUGAGACACUAAGCUUAUAUGACUUACAGAAGAAUGCUUCCCUAAUGCUGAUCAACAGUCACUUCAGUUUCGACACUCCUAUUGCAUUAUUACCGAAUAUUAUUGAAAUUGGUGGCGUUCAUGUUACACAAAGUAAUGCGAGUCUUCCAGAAGACUUACAAAAACUGUUAGAUGAAUCAAAAAAUGGGGUUGUAUAUAUGAGUUUUGGUUCCAAUCUCAGAAGUGCAGAUCUACCUGAACAGAAGAAGAAAGCGUUUAUAAACGUGUUCAAGCAACUUAAACAGACUGUUUUGUGGAAAUGGGAAGAAGAUAUAUUAGAGAAUAAACCAAAGAAUUUAGUGACGGGUAGAUGGUUACCUCAACAGGAAAUAAUCGCACAUCCUAACAUUAAGUUGUUUAUAACGCAUGGAGGCUUAAUAGGCAUGCAGGAAGCGGUAUACAAUGGAGUACCUAUUGUAGGUGUUCCGAUAUUUUGCGAUCAAUAUAAUAAUGUACUUCUCGCUGAACAAACGGGUGUCGGAAAAAUAUUGCAAUAUAAUGACAUUAAUGAAGAAACUUUAAAGCAAACACUUAACGAAGUACUUAAUAAUGAAUCAUACUUGAAAAAAGCAAAAGAACUGCAACAAAGAUGGAAAGACAGGCCAAUGAGUCCGUUAGAUACGACAAUAUUUUGGUUAGAGUAUGUAAUAAGAAACAAAGGUGCCGAAUACAUGAAAAACCCAGCGAGAAAUAUGAGUUGGUUUGCGUAUAGCAUGAUGGACGUUUACGCAUUUUUAUUAGUGGUUGUAGUAGUUUGUGUGACAUUAACAGUUAAUUUCAUACAAACUUUCUUAAAUGGUUCUCAGAUUGAUACGACGGAUAGGAAAAAAAUUAAAAAAUCUUGAUGUAUUUCGAUACAAAAUUAUAAACAAUAACUAGUACAGAUAUUAAUAAUUUCUUUCCAGAUUUUAUUGAUACAGCUGAAGAUAUUAAAUAUUUAAGUAGUAUUUUUUUUGUAAUGGCAAUAAAUUUUGUCAUAGUUAUUUAAUUUUUUUAAUAACAUAAUAAAAUAUAUAAUAUCUCGGCAGGUAAUUAUGUAAAAAUCCCCGUAACGUAAUUUACCAUGCGCCAAACAAUGCAUAAGAGCUACCUGCCAACUUUCAGCAAACAGCCUCAAGGCCUACGGGCUAUUGUGUUUUUAUACUUUAAUAGUUGUGAAAUAUUUACUUUAAAACUAUAAUUGUCUUUUUUAUAUAAAUACGACUCGUGCACCGCCACGAUUGAUGGUAUCUAUAUUAUGUCAAGAACCUUCACGCAUGGAUCGACAACAACUGUACAAAGUUUCAAUUCCGACUCAGUUUCAAGUCAGAUGAACGAAUCGCGACGGACCUUUUGGAAUUCAGUCCGCUCCUCCACCGUUGAGCUAUCGAAGAUCUAUAUUGGAAACGAAGAUUAAUACUGUAUAGAUGUACCUACACGCAAUCAUUUAAAAAAUAAAAGAUCGUAUUUUUACUAUAAUUAAAUUCUUAUUUUAUAAGAAAGACAAAAACAGUAAAACAAUGGAAAUGCUCCCUUCAUUAAAUUAAAAUACCUAAUUGAUAUACACCUACUUACAAAGCGACGUUAUUGUCUUUAUUUGUCUCGUGUAUCAAGGUAUUAAAAACUAUUAUAGGUAUUACUCAUCUUAUACGCUUAGUUACAGGUAUUGCUCAUCAAUAUCAUCAUUUUCAACCCAACACCGGUCCACUACUGAGCACAGGUCAAGACCUGUGCUCAGUAGUGGACCGGUAUUUCAGAAUGAAAAGGGUUUAGACCUUAGUCCACCACGCUGACCAAGUGCGGAUUGGCAGACUUCACUCACCUUUGAAAACAUUAAUCAGGAAUAUAAUUUUUAAGAAUGCAGGUUUCGUCACGAUUUUUGAUAUAAAAUAUCUCUGAAAAGUGCCCGGACCCCGGAACGAUUUUAUUUAAGUUAUUUAUAACAAAUUCGAUUAAUCAUUUCUUUUGACUCAGAUACAAGUCAGUCCGUGACUGCAAUCUUAC